CCAUCAAUAGAAAACAAGCCAUCAAUGGACUCUCUUGGAAAACUGAAAGCAAACAGCUUGUUCACCAAGAUGCUCGGCCUGAAGUCAUUUGGUAUAUUCAAAACGCAGUCCCUGGACAGAAAGCCAUCACUAGACAAGAAUCCAUCACUAGACUCCCUCGGAAAACUGGAAUCCAGUAGCUCUUUCACCAAGGUAUCCACCUCGAAGCCAUGCAGCAGACUAAAUAUUCCCCAUAUUAGGCACCCAUCUUUGGAGUCCAUCCCAUUUCUGCCUACAGACUCCACCUCCCAUACCUUCCCAUCCUGCAAACCCAAGCCCCCAGCUUCCACCUCCUACAUCCUUCCAUACUUCAGACCCAAGCCCAGCUCAGCCUUUGACAUCAAGGCCCACUACGCCAUGGUGCGCUCCAAUCAGUUGGACUGCUCCAUGAAGGGUUUGAAGGACCACAAGAGUAGGAACCUCCUCUGCCCGGUGCUGCAGAGCAAGCGUGUGGAUUCUGCCGUCAAGAAGAACAAAAAAACAGGGCGGGACAGCAUAUUAGACAAUGAGACCUACAUGGCCUGCAUCACAGCCUUCUUGUCCCUGGCCAAGAGUGAAUACACCAUGGUGUCCAAAGUCUUCCCUCUGAACUGCUCCAAUACCUUUGAAACUCUCAUCCAGGUGGCUCUGAACCAGCUGAUCCAGAAUGGGGAGAACAUUGUGUCCUCUGUCAGACGAGCCUGUUCACGUCACGACUACACAGCCCUCGUCACCAUGUUACCUGUCCUGGGCCGUCUCCUGGAGGAGGACAAAGAGUUUAACACAUUACUAAAGUGCACAACAAGCGGCACCUUGGCCAAGCUUUCCAAACUCGUUACAUCUAUGAAGACCCUGGCAGCCAGAGCACUGAAGGAUUUUUCUGCUCACGUCAAGAGCAACCCUGAUGGGGAGAGUAUGUCCAAGGAUGGAACGGUUCAUGAAUUCAACAGCAAUACAAUUCUAUUCCUGCAGCAGUUGCUGUCCUUUGCAGAUGUUGUUCGGUCCAUCCUUUAUCCUCAUGAUGUAGACAGUGACACAGUAACUAUGGAGGUGUCCAGUAGUGUUCAGGUGGACGUUCAACAUGACACUGGUAAGGUGCUGGAGCAUCUCCAGUACAACCUACAGAGUAAGGCCAAGGUGUACGAGGACCACGCUCUCGGGGCCAUCUUCCUCCUCAACAACUACAACUACAUCCUCAAGUCAAUGAAGAAGUCAUCUCUGUUUGAAGUGGUUCAAACCAGCGGCAGGGAUCCGGAGGUUGAGUACGGGGAACUGAUUGAGCAACAGAAGCAGGCGUACCAGCACAGUUGGUUGAAGGUGACCGAGUGCCUGACUGAAAAGAAUCUGCCCACCUUUAAGCCAGGUGACAAGUUGAAAGAAAAAGACUGUCAGGUGAUUAAAGACAAGUUCAAGAGCUUCAACGAGGGCCUAGAGGAACUGUAUAAGGCUCAGAAGGCGUGGGCCAUCCCAGACAGAGAGCAGCGCCAGGCCAUCUGUCAGGCCCAGAGAGAGAUGGUGUCCAAGGCCUACACAGCUUUUCUGCUGAGGGGAGUCAUGGCAUAUCACAUAGCUUAUUACUGGAGACUGCUGCUGAAUUCAGAAUCAACCCCUAUUCCAUAGCUCUUACUUCAUAGCCCCUAUUCCCUCGCCCUUACUCCCUAUACCCUAGCCCUUAUUCCCUAUCCCAUACUCCCUAGCCCUUACUCACUAUUCCCUAGCUUUUACUCUCUAGCCCCUAUUCUCAAGCCCCUACUCCCUAGCCCUUACUCCAUAUUCACCAGCCCCUACCACUCAUGUAGAUCUGAGCGGAUUGGAUGGAUAAAAGCAUUAUGGUAAUACCUUCAUCUUGCCUUCUGAUUGGCCUAGUGAAAAUGUUGUCGUAUUGCUUCUACCUAUCGAAUCCUCUUAGAUCUGCUAGGGAAUAGGGGGUCCAUUUGGAAUUCAGCACACAGGUGGUUGAAUAACUGAUGCUUUUCAAAUACUGUAGGUGAAACAUGUAUGUUUGGUCUCUAUGUACAAGACAUUUUUUUUAUUCAGCACUGUUCAAUAAUGAUGUGCAGUAAGAAUGUCAUACAGAACGCUGGUACAGGGAUAUUCCUUUAUUAUGGUCCUUUACCUGUACUUUACACAGAUGUGACCAUGCUGAUUUCUCCAAACACCCUGAGAGGUACCACAAAUACAGCCCAGCGCAGGUGGAGGAGAUGAUCGUGAAACUAUUUGAUAUCUCAGCCUGAGGUUGAGAACCUGCUUAGAUAGGAGAUAAUAUAAGGCCUUCACACUGCCUCUAUAGGAAAUAACACACUGUUGAUUUGUUUCCACACUACUAAUACUACAGCUACAGUCCCCAUUACAUGUAUUCAUUAGAGUUCUAGGGCUCUAUUCUGGGGGAUUAUAGCACUACAGUCCCUGUUACAUUUAUUCAUUAGAGUCCUAAUUGCUAAAUGUAUUAUUCCACAUGACUGGCUAGUUCUAAACAUGUUUAAAUAAAUAUUGUUAAAGCUCUACUUAAGAAUAAACACAUCUAUUUAUUUUACCCAGAAACUCAAAACAACUAGCUUUUUGUUAGUGCUCGCAAAAUUUCUGAAGACCCAAAUACACCAAUAUUUAUUGAAAUAUGGUUGUUAAAAGCGAAUAAAGAAUUUAUGACCAGAAAUCUAAUUGGUUGAUCUGACAUUCAGAACCAAAGGAGAAAUAUAAAAUGACGACUGCGUAAACAAUGAGGACAGUGAGAUAGAUACAGAAACAGAUCAAGUCCACUUUGUUGGCAAAGCAAAGGUGUAUAGCUUUUUUCUGGUCUUGUGCAGCCAUUUUGUUGAGAAAUUUCACCACCUUCUGGAGGGCUGUAUUCUCUUCCUCUGAGGCUUUAAUAUCAGACUUGGAUUCUAGACAAAGGUAAAUGAGAGAAAAAAGGAUAAACUAUUAUUAAUAUAACAUGAUUAAAUAAAGAUGUAAAAAUUAUUGACCUUUUUGUAAAAUGACAUCGUUUUCAGUGACAGAUUAAAGAUCAAAUGGCGUAGCUGGCCAGACCAGCGUACACGCAAGACAAAUGAUGGUAACAAGAAAAUAUGCUGGGAAAGACAUCAACUGCAUGCUCUAACUGCAGCUAAGGGUAAGAAUGAAAAGGUUGUGCAUCAAUAAAAUACAACGAAUAGUUUAUGGUGAUGAAAGUAAUUUAUGGGGUACCAAGUAAAACUGGUUGCAAUAACAUCAUUAUGACAUCAUGGUCAGGUUAUAACUGAUUGUAUAAUGAUGUUUUGUUAAUGUCUUUUGCAACCAUAAAAAUAUAUCUUGCUCUGUGGGUAACUGAGAUGAGGGAAGAAUGAAAAAGUUUACCCUCUGUGUCUUUAAGCAGCGAGUCUUUGGACUUGGAGAGGCUGCAGGGCCGGAGAGUGCCACAUUUAGCCAGACGUGUGAGCACCAUAGACUGCAACGUGCUCAACACCAGGAUGACCAAACAGAAACAGAAGUGCUUUCCUAUGGAGAACAACGAGAGAGAGAGAUGUGUGAGUGUUAUAUGGUGGCAGAGAGGUCCUGUAUACAUGAAACCGACAUCAGUACGCUGCUAACAGUAUAGCUUCCUUUACUGUCCCUGUAACAUACCGGGCUGGAAAUAGUGAAACUCUGCUCGCAACGGAUCAAUAGGAUCACUGUUGCUGUUCAGGAUCACUGCUCCCAAACACAUGUGACCGUUUUCCUUGACAACAUACCACACAAUUGAGGUACAGAAAAAUAUCAAAUUUGAUAGCUCCCGUGGCGACAUUUCAAGCUAGCUGUGAAAUAAGCUUAUGGAACGUUCUUAACUCUGUUACAUAAACACCCGUUACAACAAAAUGCUGUUUCAUUCUGGUGCAUUACACACAGGACACUCACGGAUGAUGGGGCUGCACUGGCCUCCUCCAGGCAGUAGGUCGUUGAGGAUGAUGAGGAACAUGAUGAAGCUGAGAACCAGUGUAACCUUGAAUGAGAUACGCUCGCCCCCUCCCAGCGGCAGGGCAAAGCUCACCACAUCUGACACAAUGAUCAGUAUACUGGGCAGGACCAGGGACAGAAAUGGGUUUUCGGACCGCAUUUUCAGCGACACCUGUGAAGACAGAUGGGUAGGCAAGAGAGAAAUAAUUUGUUUUCGAGUACUUGCAUCUAAACGUAUAGCAUUUGUUUAAAGUUGAAAGGGAAGAGCAUUACAUUCCAAAAUCAGACAGAUGUUUUCAGAACUCAAAAGAAGCCGUAUGUCAAUGAAUCCUGGGAUGAGUAUGUAUGGAUCUACACAAUAGAUAGCCUGGGAUGAGUAUGUAUGGAUCUACACAAUAGAUAGCCUGGGAUGAGUAUGUAUGGAUCUACACAAUAGAUAGCCUGGGAUGAGUAUGUAUGGAUCUACACAAUAGAUAGCCUGGGAUGAGUAUGUAUGGAUCUACACAAUAGAUAGCCUGGGAUGAGUAUGUAUGGAUCUACACAAUAGAUAGCCUGGGAUGAGUAUGUAUGGAUCUACACAAUAGAUAGCCUGGGAUGAGUAUGUAUGGAUCUACACAAUAGAUAGCCUGGGAUGAGUAUGUAUCUCAACGGAACACUACUUAUGAAAGGUAUGAAAACAUCAGAUACAUUUUUAUUUAAGUGUAUUGUAUUUUUUCGGUGUAAAUGUUUAAGCUUUCCACUUAAAAAUAGGAAGAGUAAAGUAUCUUUACAUGUCCCCCCCAAAAAACUACUGAAAUCACCCAGAGCACUCACUAACCCAUAGAUAGUUGCGAUCAUCUCUGCCUCCUUUAGCAUCGAGUUUCACGUUCUCGGUAAGCCAGUCCCCGCGGUUUGCACUAGUUUUGCUCACUUUCCCAAAGUUCAGGAACAUGCCACAUCCUGGAAAGGCAGAUAUUUGAUACUAGUUCAGUCAUUCAAAGAUCAUACCAUAGUUUAUAACAAAAACCAUAGCUUCACACCCUCUAUUGUUUCAGGGGUGUAAAGAUUGACAUUUUUUGUUCGGUUCAUUUCUUGUUUUGGUUUUAUCUUGGUUCUCAGAAGAGGGUGGAAAAACGAUCACAUAAAUUAAAAGAUUUUUUAAAUCAUUUCAAUUUAUCUAUAAUAAAGAUGUGAACAUUUUGAUCCCUACUUCAGUGGUGGUAGCCUACUGUAACACAUAUCUCAGAGCCACUUUGGUGAAACAACCUCACGUUUAGAUCCAUAAGAAGCUGUUUGGUUCAUUCUGGCAGCCAUAUCCAAACAGAACGUCUGCAAAUAUUGACUCUUUGCAUCAACAACAUGUAAUUGUGAAUAAAAGCCUUUGAUACUUAUGAAAUGCUUGUAAUUAUACUUCACUAUUCCAUAGUAACAUCUGACAAAAAUAUCUAAAGAUACUGAAGCAGCAAACUUUGUGAAAAUGUAUAUUUGUGUCAUUCUCAACUUUUGGCCACAACUGUACAGUAGAUUACUAAUGGGGGUCGCUGUGUUGAAGCCAACGUGCCUCCGUCUUGACACUCCCCCCACCAUUGUAUAAAAUAAAAUACAAAUGGAAGCAUUUAUUAAUGUCUACUUUCGUAUUUGCAACAUUUAUUA